CAUGUUUCUUGUAUUGACAGAAUAUCAAGCUUCUGAAAUCUUCCUUACAAAAGGGACAUAAUUAAAUAUUAUGUACUCAUUCUCUCCCGUCUUAACUGUAAUGUUUAAACAACGUCAGCGAAAAUGCGAACAAUGAUAAUAGUAAAAGGUUAAAAGGUAGGUUAUAUUACGAAUGAAGGCAACGAGUAGGGAGUGAAUAGUUAAAGCGGUUAAUGAACAAAAUACAAAAAGGAAAUAUGGCAAAACUGACUGUGGAAUAUCCUAAUGGAGGAAGUGACGAAUUCGUACAUGCAUACGGCAUGACACACUACAAGAAAAUGCUUUUUCCAAACCGUGACUUAAAGUUACAGAUUGAAUCUAUACAGGAGCUUGACAUACGUGACGACGAUAUAUACCUAGCUACUUAUCCUAAAUGCGGUACUCACUGGGUUUGGGAAAUAUUGGUAAUGUUAAAACGAGGCAACGCCGAAUACGAAACUAAAACGAAGGAGGCAGCUUUCUUAGAUUUCCGGUCACCGGAAGUUGUUGGAAGUCUUCCGUCUCCAAGAAUAUUGAACUGCCAUUACCCUUGUAAACUUAUACCGAAAGAAAUGCUACAGAAGAAAACAAAAAUAGUACAUGUCAUGAGAAACCCAAAGGACGCCUUUGUCUCUUUUUAUCAUCAUUCGAACACAAUGUUAGGAGGCAUGUUUUCGAAGAGUUUCCAAGACUUCCUUCCGCUAAUGUUGGGACAGCAUGGCGUUUACUUGUACUACCCAUGGUUCAAGUAUGUCAAAGAAUGGGAAAGAUUUUCAAAACAGCACCCAGAACAAAUCUUAAAUCUCUUCUUCGAGGAUCUGAAAGAGGUAUUUAUUAAAUUACAAUAUGAGCCGCGUCACGACGUGUACCUAAAUAGACCUGUUAGAGAAAUCAAAAGAAUAAAUGACUUUCUUGGUACCGGUAGAAGUGAAGAGCUCUUACAACAGAUCGCUGAAUCGUGUGACUUUAAGAAUAUGAAGAAAGCUGACGCCGAAAUCAAAGAGUACGAUGAAAAGAUGAAGAAACAAAUGCCUUUGAUGUAUAGAAAAGGAGAGGUCGGUGACUGGAAGAAUAUUUUUACAGUUGCACAAAAUGAACAAAUAGAUGAGUGGAUUGAAGAAAAUUUGAUAGAUACUGAUCUCAAGUUCAGAUACACGCUUUAGAUAUAGGUGGGACAGAAAAGUACAUUUUAGUCCCAGAAUAUAGAGAAAUAUAAACAACACAUUCGUACUCAUUAUGACAUCAAAUUAGUUUUAAUAUGUUAAAACAUGAAAACCGCACCCGGACAGCUAUUUUCAAAGGUGGAAAA